UAUUUGCCCUUAUAUUUAUCCUACUUACAUAGUAAUAUUUUUCGGGUACCGAUUCCAUUUUACAAUCCUUGGUGCACUGGUUUUCAUUUUUGGCAGUUCUAUAGAAAUCUCCGACCUGGUUUGAUGUGUUUCUUCUGAAGAAUGGAGAAGGUGAUGAACGAUUUGAAGCUGGCCGAGGCGAAGCAAGGGAGUUUUAUCAGCUUGAUCGACGAGUUCCAGGCGAAAUCUUCCUCCAUCCUCUCGCUCUCUCUACAAUGGAAGGAUCUAGACAUACAGUACGGGUCGAUAAGGGAGAGUUUACUCCAACACGCGCGACAACUUGCCAUGCAAGCUACGGAAGUGGAGGAAGCUUGGAGAAGCAUUGAGGCCCGAGAAAUCGAGGUUGAGGUUAAGUUGGAAAUGGCUCUAGGGUUUCUCGACGAGGUUGGAGUGAAGGAAGGGGAACUGGGUUUGCUUAAAAAACAGUUUUCCGAGUGCGAUUCUGGGCUGGGUUCGAAGAACAGAGAGUUUCAGAGGAGGGAAGAGGACUUGGGUUUGCUGAAAAAACAGAUUGAGGACAGUGAUUCUAAGCUGGGUUUGAAGAACAGGGAGCUUCAGGGGAAGGAGAGGGAUUUAGGGUAUAUUAAACAUAGAGUUGAGGAUUGUAAGGCUGAGCUUGAGGGUAAAGAGAGGGAGCUAGGGUUUUUACAAAAGGCAUUGGAUGAGCUUCGCAGGGAGGUUUGUGAGAGAGAAGGACAAAGGGAUUCAGCGCAGAAGGCUGUAGAGGAAGAGUCCAAGGAGCUUCAAACGAAAAGGGAAGAGUUGGGUGAGAUAAGGAGGUUGAUUGCUAAGUGUUAUACUGAACAUGAAGUGAAAGAGAAGCAGUUGGUAGAAUGUGGAGAGGAACUUGAGGGUAAGCAGAAGCUGUUGAAGAGAGUGGCGAAUUUGCUUUUGAGUUCUUGUACUGAGAUCCGGGCAAAAGAGGAAGAGUUGACUGAGUUAAGGAGAUCGAUUAUUGAGUAUAAUGCUGAAUAUGAAUUGAAAGAAAGUCAGUUACUUGCGGCGGAUAAGGCACUUCAGGAUAAGGAGAGGGGCAUGGGUUGUUUGGAACAUAGGCUGGAAGAAUGUAGAGAGGAAUUUGAGGGUAAAGAGAAGCUAUUGGGUGCGGCAGAAAGUAAACUGGCUGGGCUGAGGGAGGAAAUUUGUGGUAAAGAGAGAGAAUUGUGCUCCUUGCAGAAGUCCUUUGAGGAACAGUCGAAGGAACUUGAAUCAAGGCGGAAUGAAAUAGAGAAAAUGACGAAAUUGCUAUCUAUUUGUAGCUCCGAGCUUAAGGCAAAAGAGAGAGAAUUAUCUGAAGCAAGGAACUCGAUCAUAGAAUGUAACGCUAAGCAUAAAUCGAAGGAGGAGGAGCUCGACCUGGUGGCUCUGAAGCUUCAGCAUAAGGUGGCGGAAAUGGGUUCUGUUCAACAGAGGUUGGAAGAAUUUACAGCAGGACUGGAGGCCAAACAGAAACUAUUGAGUUCCACAGAAAGUACAUUGGAUGAGCUGAGAGAGGAAGUUUGUAGGAAACAAAGAGACUUAGGUUCAUUGUGCAACUCUCUUGAGGAACGCUCCAAGGAGCUUGAGUUAAGACAGAAUGAAAUAAGUAGAGUAGAGGAUUUACUUUCAGGUUGUAGGUUUGAGCUUCAUGAAAAAGAGAAAGAGUUGACUGCAGUAAGGCACAUGAUCACAGAAUGCAACACUGGCCAUGAAUUGAAGCAGAAACAGCUGGCUAUUGAGCUUCAGGAAAAAGAGAAAGAGUUGACUGCGGUAAGGCACAUGAUCACAGAAUGCAACACUGGCCAUGAAUUGAAGCAGAUACAGCUGGCUAUUGUGGCUGAAGAGCUUCAGGUUAAUGUAUUGGACUUAGAUUCUGUUCAACAUAGGGUGAAAGCAUCUACAGGCGAACUGGAGGCAAAACAGAAGCUAUUUAGUUCACUAGAAAGGGUAUUGGAGCAGCUUAGGGAGAAGGUUUCUGAGAAGGAGGAAGAAUUCGGUUCAUUGCAAAAGUAUGUAGAGGAGCAGUCGAAGGAGCUUGAUUGUAGGCAGAAGGAAGUAGAAAGAACUAUGGAUUUGCUUUCAAGUUGCAAUUCUGAGCUCCAGAGAAAAGAGAGAGAGUUGGGCGAGAUAAGGAACAUGGUAAUGAAAUGGAACGCUGAACAUGAUUUGAAGGAGAAUCAGCUGACUAUGGAGGAAGGGGAGUUUCAAAUCAAGGAGAGGGACUUGGAUUCUGGGCUCGAGGUGCAAGAAUGUGGAGGGCAGCUUCAGUCUAAUCAGGAGCUACUGGGUUACUUGGAAACAGCCCUGGCAGAGCAUUGCAAGCUGAUUUCUUUCAAAGAGAAGGACUUGAGUUCGCUGCUGAAGUCAAUUGAACUGAAAGAGGCUGCACUAAGUGCUAUCGAGUCUUCAAUAAAAAGUCGAGACAAAGUACUUAAAGUGAAAGAUAAAUUGCAGAAGUUACUUCAAUCAAAGAUAGACAGACGCAGCACAGAGCUGGAAUCACUGAAAGAGCAGAAAAUUUCUAUCCAAGCAUUGGUUGAAGACUUUACCCUUGCUCUUGAGUCAAAUAGUAAGAGCGUUGAAAUGGCUGGGGAACAGAUGAAUUCAUGUUGCAGUAAGCUUGAGUUGAAGCUGGGCGAGCUCUAUACUAUAAUGACAAAACUGUUUGAAUGCCGAAACAAGCUUGCAGACAGAAGAAAGCAUGUGGAAAAACAUGCUGAAGCAGUUGAAAUGCAAAGGACGGAGCUUCAGAAAAAAGCUGAGUUGUUUAGAUUGAGAGAAGAACAAUUGGGUUCAAAAGAAAAACUGAUUGAUGAAAGAUUUACAGAACUAGAAGCGAAAGAGAAGGAACUAAGCAGCUUGUUAGAAGAGCAGAGAAUCCGAAAGCAAGCUGGGACUGUGGAAAAUAUAUACGGGGUCAUGUCCUGUGAAAGCAAUCCUCCAGAUCCCGCCCUAGAAGAGCCAUCGCCACCUGAUUUGACUGACGAUGAGGUCUCUACUGCACUUCAGUCAUCAGACCCAGCAAAGAUGAUAUUUGACCAGUUAAAACAGUCAAUUUCCCAGAUUGGUGCUAAGAGGUAUGACCAAACUGUGGUCAGGAAUCGAGUUGUUAUGCUGGAAAGGUUGAUGGGAGUCCCUGCAAAUGUAAGUCCUGAGGUGAAAGAAGCAUCCAUUGAACUGGCUGUUGCUUGGAGAGGGAAGUUAAGACUGGAGGCUCAUUGUUCAAUGGAUAUCAUAGCUUUCUUCUUGUUUUUGGCUGUAUUUGGAGUUGGCUCUCAUUUUAAAGCGGAGGAUAUGUUGGAACUGGCUAGCGUGAUUGCUCACCAUGAAAGGGCUCCUGAGUUAUGCCGUUCCCUUGGACUUGCAAAAUGGAUACCUGGACUUAUCCAGAGCCUAAUUAAGAAGCACAUGCAUAUGGAGGCCAUUAGAUUCAGUUUGGCAUUCAAGCAAGUUCGCAGCUUCCCACCAAAUCUACUCCUAUCGAAACACUUGGAGAAAACAAGAAUCUUUGAGGACGGAAAGAACUUACUUGAAUCCCAAUACGAGGCCCUGAACAAGCAUCUUGAAUCCUUGAAAGCUAUGUCACAACGUGUGGCUGGAUUAGGGCUUGAUCCGAGUGUCUUGAACCAGAAGAUCAGUGACCAUCUCCAUGUUCUGGAGACUCUAUUGGGGCAUACAAGAAGUUGCUUGCUUGCCACGGGUGUUGUUAUAAAGAGCCAAAGGUAUGGUGUUGCUACAAUUUCUGGCAACAAAUCGCCAUUGCAGCUUGGGAAUUUGACCGAAGGACAGAAGAUCAAGCGGCAGAAGAACUAGGGAGUGUGGUAUGAUGUGUGUGUGUGUGUAUACGUAGCUAGCUUAGCUAUGCCUAGUUAGGAGGUAUGAGAUGUGGAGAUCAGUUAUCUAGUCUUUCUUGUUAACUUUGUGGAAGAAUACGAGACUUCGGGUAUCCACUGAUAACGGAUUUGUCAUCUCAACUAAUAUGUUACUGCUUGGUGUCAAAACAGAACCUAAUCGGAGUAAGUUGUUCGUUCAACUUGACUCGUAACCUGAGUGUAACCCAAAUUGACUAAUUAAACACAUUAUUCAAAAUCCACCUGAUUGGUUG